UUAGAAAGUUGUGUGAGUGACCGAGGCAGCCGCGGAGAAUGGAAACGAGCUAACCCUCCUCACAUCUGUAGUCAGGGGGCUAGUGUGUGCUAGGGUGGGGGGGUUAGGAACAAAAACGAUGCCGUUGUUGGCGGUUUAGUUCAGCCUGUGAGUUUUAAAAAAAAAAAGCCUCGGGAGAAGUUGGGAGGAAAAACCGGUUUUUAGCGUGGCAAUUACUCUCCACCGCUUCUCUCUCUCUCUGUGUGUGUGUGUGUGUGUGUGUGUGUGUGAGUGUGGAUGGUGGUGGAGGGUUUUUCCUGUCUGACAGGGCCGAUUGUCAAGGAGAAGUUAUAUCGUUAUAUCCGCCGAACACACAGGCUCAUCGUCACCAAACCUGUUCAGAUGGACUUGAGAUAACACCACCACAAGUUCUACCCUCAUCCCGAAUUUCAGUCUCCCACAUUCACCCAGAAUGGCGGAUCCUACUGGGCUGAGCUCUGAAGGGGCCGGGGCAGGCAUGGCCGACGUUGACGCUUGCAGUUUGGAGAUAGAGAGGAAGUAUGAUGUCAUCCCUGCCGUCAUCUGCUCCAUGUGUUGCCUGUUUGGCAUCAUCUACUGCUUCUUUGGUUACCGCUGUUUCAAGGCCGUCAUGUUUCUGUCUGGUCUGAUGUUUGGCUCUGUCAUCAUCUUCUUGCUGUGCCACAAGGAACAUGUGCUGGACACUCAGCUGAGCGUUGAGGCCAGCGCGGGUAUCGGCCUCGGCAUAGGCCUGCUGUGCGGUCUGGUCACUAUGCUGGUGCGGAGUGUCGGCCUCUUCAUGACCGGCCUGCUGCUGGGUCUCCUCCUGGCUCUCGCCGCCUUGCUGGUCACUCACCAGUUCUACACUCCAACCACAGUCUGGGUCCCACUGGGCACACUUCUGGGGACAGGCAUGCUGUUUGCUGUGCUGACACUGCAGUGGCAAAAGCUCUUCACCAUGCUGUCCACGGCUGUGUUCGGGGCAGCUAUUAUGACAGUGUGUGCUGAUUACUUUGUGGAAAUGCUGGCUUUGGCCAUGCAUGUGUAUGAAUGCUUGCGCCUCACACCCGGGCCACCUCUCUGCUGGUACAGCUGGGUCAUUCUGGGCAUCUGGCCCGCUCUCAGCCUCAUAGGAGUACUGGUCCAGUGGAAACUGACAGAUGACAGCUUCUCACACACUGAGGUCGUUAUCAGUCGGAGACAGAAGAGAGUUCAGCUGAUGCGGAUUCGAGAGAAGGACGCUAAGAAGCGACAGCAGGCAGGUGGGCAGGAAGGCACGUACCGCCGUAAACCCACCCCAGUGAAACGUUACGCUGGGGAUCUACUGGCACCGAGCUACCUGCAAAGUCUGCGGGACAGACAGAUGGGCACAGGCACUUCCCUUAGCAGCCUGGGCACGGCCAACCACACCAUGAUUGACUUGGACUAUGACACCGGGUCCACCGCGCCCCUUACAGCUACAACCCCAGUCGUCAGGGUCUGAGCAAAACGGAGACAAGAAGGGACUUCUUAGUCCUCUUUAGUUCUCCAACUGUGUCUUCUUAAUGUAGACUAGAACCAAUAACCUGCUCCCCUCAGCUAAGGGUUUUCUUUGCCCUUACAUCGAUUCGGAGCGAGGAUGGAUUUCUUCCUAUGAGUGUGUCAGUACUGGGUGUUCAGAGAAGGAGAAUGCUGCUUUUUGGGGAGAAAAAAGAGGUGUCAAGCUAUAACCACUGCAACCACUGUGUUUCUCAGAGAAACACUUAAAACCUGAUACUAACAAAAUAAGGUCCUCAGUUUCCUCUCAUCGUGUAUUAAAUACAUAAACAGCAAGUACGAGCCUAAAAAAAACAGAUAUUUUUCUGUUUUGGUAGUGAACACGACAAAGCAAUUUGUUUGACAUUACAUGUACUGUACUUAAAAAGUUAGUCAUUGCCAUGAAGUGUUGUGUUAUUACCUGUCUUACUGUUUAACUGUGUGGUCGUAGGAUUUGUGAAAGUUUCUCAUUAAAAUGACUUUCAUUUUUGUGUAUUUUUAUUUAGAUGGAGUGUGGUGAGAGAGUUAAGAUAUGACAUGUAGUUGGAUACAUGGAGUAUGAAUAAGUGAAGCAAAAACUAAAUGAUGCAAAUAAACUGCAGUUUGUAUUUAAAAGCUCUUUGCAGGAGCUUUUUUUAGCAGGAUCUUUUCAGUGUAGCUCCUGACAGAACACAGUAGGUGAAGAAUAUAGACUGUUGUAUGUUUGUGGAGUAAACUUUUUAUAAUUUAAUUUAUAUAAUGAACAACUAUGUGGUAGUGUUGGGGGGAAAAAGGACAAAAAACAAAGCAUGUUUGUUGUUAAUUUGUAGAUUUUUAAAUAAUUCUCAUUUUUCUUGUUUGAAUUUUGCAGGGACAAUGCACUUGUUACCUGAAUCUGUACAUACCUGUUGAUAGAAAUUUCAAAGAUAAAUAAAUGUGUUUGAUACAAAAACAA